AUGGCAUUGCAGUCCAGUUAUCAUUCCCUACUACUUGUCGUGGUUCUAGCCAUGACUACAUUCUUAGACAAAGCCAGCAGCACAGUUGGAUUGAGAGAAACCAAGCUGUCCAUGUAUUUCCAGGAUUUCUCUGCCGGUCCAAAUAUCUCAGCAGUACCAAUUGCAGGUAUUGCCGGCAAGCUAUGGAGGUUUGAUCAAUUUGGGACAGUUAUUGUCACUGAUGACCGUCUAACAGUAGCGCCGAGUCCGAGAUCAGCAACAGUUGGCCGAGGCCAAGGCUUGGCUGUGACAUCAUCACUGGAUGGACGCAAUGCUCAUGUUUUGUUAUCAAUCGUGUUCACAAACAAGAAGUACAAUGGCAGCACUCUAGAGAUACAAGGAACUAGCAGGCAAUUUGAGGCAGUUAGAGAGGUCUCGGUUGUGUCAGGCACUGGAAAAUUUCGGUUUGCAAGAGGAUAUGCUACAUUUGAAACUUAUUCUGUGGACUCCCCAAAUGCAUACGCAGUUAUACGAUUCAAUAUUACUGUGCUACACUAG